AUGGAUCGCGACAAAUCCAAAAAUUCCGAUUCCUCAUCGGACGAAGAUUUACGAGGAAUGACGCCUAUUCCGCCUAAUGUGUUAAUUUCGCCCGUAAUACUAUUAACUAAAGAAGAAAUGGCUCAACAACGGGCCCUCAAAAGAUCUGCUAAGUUAGAACGUCGUUCCUCGGGAUCAUUUAUGACUAUAGAAUCGGACAGCGGAAUCGUACUAGAAAGAGAUUACGAAAAACCGAUCGUUUCACAGCUUCCUACGGUAAAAGAGUCGCCUUCGAAUAGUCAGGAAUCUGAUUCGGAUUCGAUAAAAAAUAAAUCGGGCCAGGUUUCUAUCAUAGAAGAGUUGACUUCGAGGAGCCAGCAAUCCGAAGCGGUAAAAGACGAAUCGGGCCAGGUUUCUACCAUAGAAGAAUUGCCUUCGAAGAGUCAGCAAUCCGAAGCGGUAAAAGACAAAUCGGGCCAGGUUUCUACCAUAGAAGAGUUGUCUUCGAAAAGUCAGCGAUCCGAAGCGGCAAAAGACAAAUCGGGUCAAGUUCCUACUGUAGAAAAGUUACCUUUAAAGAUCCAGGAAUCCGAUUCGAUAAAAACCAAAACGGAGAAGGCACUAGUUACAGGAUCGGCUCAAAGCAAGCCAAGGCAAGAGGGAUCUGAGCCGAAAUCGAGACAAAGCAAGGAUUAUAACGAAAAAGUGCCGGUAGCUAGCUCUUCAACUUUAAACGCGCCAAUAUCACCAUCACUUAGUCCGUAUUCACCUCGUAUUUCUGAAAAGAUUUCACCAUCUACAUCGGAAAGGAAACCUUCUCCAGCUCAGCAAGUGCAAAAAGUGGUUAUGUCAAAAAAAAGGAAAUUAGAAGAAAUUGAACAGAUGCAUUCUGGUUUCCUUUCAUUUGCACGAAAACGAUCAGAUCGCGUGCGAAAAAAAUUGCAAU